AUGGCUGUCGCGACAACAACAACAACAACAAACGGCAAUGCGGCCACCGAAGCCGCGGCCGUGCUUGACAACCUCAAGCCGCCGGCCGGUGUUAUCAUCCCGCCCCCCGGCGAAAUUCGCGAGGCGAUCGAGAAGACGGCCGGUUACGUGAUGCGCGGCGGUGCGGGCCUGGAGCAGCGCAUCCGCGACAACCACGGCAAAAACCCCAAGUUCAGCUUUUUGAUGUCGAGCACCGACCCGUAUAACGCGUACUACGAAUGGCGCAAAGAGGAGAUCAAGUCCGGGAGGGGCACGGCGCUCGCGGCUGGGCGCGUGGGCGAGGCGGCCGCCGCCGCACCGGUUCCAGAGAAACCUGCGGGCCCGCCUAAGCCGCCGGAUUUCCAGUUCUCAGCCCGUAUGCCUCGAAUGAGCCAGAAAGACUUGGAGAUUGUGCGACUAACUGCCUUGUUCGUCGCAAAGAACGGGCGCCCCUUCAUGACCCAGCUUGCCCAGCGUGAGGCCAGCAACCCGCAGUACCAGUUCCUGAUCCCCAACCACACCUUCCACAACUUCUUCCAGAGCCUGGUCGACCAAUACUCCAUUCUCCUGCGCGAGAGCGGGGUCAACGGCGAGGGCAACAAGGCGCAGCAGGAGCGCGUGGACCAGCUCAAGCAGAACGUGUCCGACAAGUACAAGGUGCUGGCACGGGCGAAGCAACGGGCGGCCUACGCCAAAUGGCAGGAAGUGGAAAAGGCGAAGCAGGAAGAGGAGGAAGAGCAGAAGAAGAUCGAGUUUGCGCGGAUCGACUGGAACGACUUUGUGGUCGUCGAGACGAUUGUCUUCACCGAGACCGACGACCAAGCGAAGCUCCCCGCGCCGACCACGCUCAACGACCUGCAAUAUGCUUCGCUAGAGGAGCGGAACAAGGUAUCCGUCAGCUCCAGCUUGCGCAUCGAAGAAGCCUUCCCCUUCGAGGAUACCCACUACAACGCCUACCCCCCCGAGACCUACGGCGCGCAAGCACCUCCCGCGCAGCCAUCUUCCGCCACCCUCGGAUAUCCCGCGGUCAACACUCCACCACCACCACAACAACAACCAUCCUACGGCGCUCCUAUCCCACUGGCGUCACGAACGCGGGCUACGGAUGAGGAAGAAGAAGCGCAAAGGAUACAGGAGCGGGAGCAGGAGAGGCUGCGGAUGCAGCAGGCCCAGGCCGAGGCACGGGGCGGAGCAGCGCCGAUGAAGAUCAAGGAGAACUAUGUCCCGCGGGCGGCGCAGCGGGCGGCCAGCAAGUUCGGCACGCAGACGGCCAUGUGUCCCAACUGCAAGCAGCAGAUCCCGCUCAACGAGAUGGACGAGCAUAUGAGGAUCGAACUCCUCGAUCCACGAUGGAAAGAGCAAAAAGCCAAGGCCGACGCCCGGUUCGCCACGACCAACCUGUCCACCGUGGACGUGGCCAACAACCUCAAGCGCUUAGCCAGCCAGCGGAGCGACAUAUUUGACACGACCACGGGGCAAGCCAUUUCGGAAGAGGAGCUGGCCCGGCGGAAGAAGGUCGCCCUCCACGCGUUUGACGGCAACCCGGACGGGAAGAGCCAGGCGCAUAUCAACCAAUUGCAGACUUUCAAUUUGGAUGAGCAGAUCCGGGCGAUUCAUCAGAAGUUUGCGGAUAAGAAGUAUCCAUCACCCCUAUCCCCAACCUCGCCAACCUCCCCGACCAGCGCUACAAGCCCCACCGAGGCCGAAGCCGCCGCCGCCCGCCUGCACCGGCCCAUCCUACAAUCCCUGCCCGACACCCGCCAACAAUCCUUCGACGAGAUCUACGGCCCGCCGGAGAACUUCCUCGAGAUCGAAGUGCGCAACCCACGCACCCACGGCAUCGGCCGGCACAUGUACACCGACUACGAGAUUGUCUGCCGCACCAACAUCCCCGCCUUUAAGUUGCGGCAGUCGACGGUGCGGCGACGGUACUCGGAUUUUGAGUAUUUCCGCGAUAUUCUCGAGCGCGAGAGCGCCCGGGUUACCAUUCCCCCGCUGCCGGGGAAGGUGUUUACGAAUCGGUUUAGUGAUGAUGUGAUUGAGGGCCGGCGGGCGGGGUUGGAGAAGUUUCUGAAGAUUGUCGUGGGUCAUCCGCUGCUGCAGACGGGGAGCAAGGUGCUAGCUGCGUUUGUUCAGGACCCUAACUGGGACCGCAACGCCUGGUGA